AUGAAAAUGCUCCGGUUUCGCAGCCCCAGCAUCCGCUCCUUGGACCAGGAGGUCCUCUGCACGAUCCGGUUACUGGACGACUCCGAGAUCUCCUGCAGCAUCCAGAGAGACACCAAAGGCCAAUUCCUGUUGGAUCAUGUGUGUAACCACUACAACCUACUCGAGAAAGACUACUUUGGUAUUCGAUAUGUGGAUCCUGAGAAACAGAGGCACUGGCUGGAGCCCAAUAAGCCUGUGGUGAGGCAAAUGAAGUCAGCCGAGCAGCCCUUCACUAUGUGCUUCCGGGUCAAGUUUUAUCCCCACGAGCCGAUGAAAAUCAAGGAGGAGCUCACGAGGUAUCUCCUGUACCUCCAGCUGAAGAGAGAUAUCUACCAUGGCCGUCUCCUCUGUCCCUUCGCUGAAGCUGCCUAUCUGGGUGCCUGCAUCAUACAGGCUGAGCUUGGGGACUAUGACCCAGAGGAGCACCCAUCAGACUACAUCAGAGACUUCAAACUGUUCCCUAAACAAUCCCUCAAACUGGAGAGGAAGAUUAUGGAAAUACACAAGAACGAGCUUAGGGGCCAGUGUGCUGCGAUGGCUGAGUUAAACAUGCUCCAAAGGUCUCACUCCCUAGAAACAUAUGGAGUGGACCCUCACCCAUGCAAGGAUUUUACAGGCUCCACAGCUUUUCUUGGGUUCACAGCCACAGGUUUUGUGGUCUUCCAGGGAAACAAGAGGAUCCACCUCCUGAAAUGGGCUGACGUCAGCAAGCUGAAGUUCGAAGGGAAGACCUUUUACGUCAUCGGGAUUCAGAAAGAGAUCUCCUUAACAGGCAGGAUUCACUGUAACAGGAUGAAGAAACUGGUGUUGACAUUUCACACCUCAACCCCUGCAGCGUGCAAGCACUUAUGGAAGUGCGGGGUGGAGAACCAGGCCUUUUACAAGUGUGCAAAGUCGAGUCAGAUAAAGACUGUUUCUAGCAGCAACAUCUUCUUCAAAGGGAGCAGGUUCAGAUACAGUGGAAGAGUAGCCAAAGAGGUGAUUGAAGCCAGCUCUAAGAUUCAGAGAGAGCCGCCUGAUGUGUGCAGAGCCCAGUUUGGUCAGAGUCGAAGCUUUAACUCUCUGAGCCAUAAAAACCUCAUCAUGAACAUGGAGCCGCUGGUACCUGCACUGCCCUCCACCAACGAAUAUGAAGAGACGGCCACAGAUAAUGGUGUUGUGGCUGUUAAGGACUCGGUCCCCUUGUCUCCUCUCAAACCUUCAGCCACUCCCACAGACACAGAGCAACAAAGUAACGAAGGAGCAAAACCCACCUUGAGCAAUGACCUGCAGCCUCCCCGUGUUUCCAUGGAAACCUCAAAUCUCCGACCUCAAACACCCAAAGCUGAAGAUGAAAUGGAGGAAGAUGACGAGUCCAGUGGGCCACUCACCAUCUCGGAGCUUGUCUACAGCCCCUGUGCCAGUAUGCUGCCCACCCCAGUGGAAGACAGUCAGGGAGGUGUCGACUUGCUGUUUUCCUCCCCGGUCCAGAGCCCUGCCAGACUGCUGAGGGAACUCCAUGCCGACCCCGACAUUCAGGCCCAGCUGGAGGCCGAGAGGGAGCGUGACCGGGAGUACGAGCGCACUAGGCUGGCCACUAGAAGUCACAUGGGUGGAGUCCUGACCAGCAGCCUGCGCCUGCUGUCGUCCAACGAGAGAGUCAACGCCUGUGUGCUGAGCGUGGCCCGCUUUGUUGCUGUGGUAAUGGGUGUCCUGUUUGUCACUGUGCCCACAUUGCUGCUAUUGCUGGAGUCAGACAUCGAUGUGUCGUUCCUCCACGAGAUCCGCCAGACGCCAGAGUUUGAGCAGUUUCACUACGAGUAUUACUGCCCUCUCCGGCGUUGGAUCUUGUGUAAGAUCAGCAUGGCCAUGGAGAACCUCUGGUCAGACUGA